GAGGACCGAGAGGUCGUCCUUUUACCUGCCUGUCAGGAUAAAUAGCGUAGUUUGUGGAGAUGCUUUCAUGUCGAUUUGUUUUUUUACGCAUGUAAUUAAUGUUGACCGUUUCUACGUUAUCCUGAAUACACAAUACUGUGCAAGAUAUUAUUUCGCUCCUGCACCUUAGUAAUGGCUGGAAGAGAGGGUAUUUGAUGUGUCUCUAAUCUCCAAAUAACUUUUAUAUGAAUCUCUGAGCGAAGUGACGGACGCCUAGACCAUGCCUACAAAGACAGUUUAACUGUUCUGGGAAAACAACAUUACGGUUCAUCAUCGGGAGUACUCCUCGACCUCUGUAAUUGCGGCACGUAAAACAGAAACUUUUGGCCUGGAUUGCGGUGCUUGCCUCAAGACCAUCGAACAGGCAGCAUUCCUGGAGCGACACUCACUAACCCCAAUCUGUUUUACUUUUGCUUUAGUUUGACAGAAAGCCGCCACCAUUCCGUGCUGUAAGGGUGACCCCAAAAUGUCUUCUAACGGGGACCUGCAAGAUCUUGGGAGCUGUGAAAGCUUCUGGGAGCCGGGAAACUAUAAGAGGACUGUGAAACGCAUUGAUGACGGCCACAAGCUAUGCAACGAAUUGGUCAGCUGCUUUCAGGAGCGAGCCAAGAUUGAGAAGGGUUAUUCCCAGCAGCUGAGUGACUGGGCCAAGAAAUGGAGGGGUGUGGUGGAGAAAGGGCCGCAGUAUGGUACGCUGGAGAAAGCCUGGCAUGCUUUUAUGAAUGCAGCCGACCGGCUGAGUGAGAUCCACAUGGAGCUGAAGGAGCAUCUGGUAGUAGAGGACAGUGAGAAGAUCCGGAACUGGCAGAAGGACGCCUAUCACAAACAGAUGAUUGGCGGUUUCCGUGAGACCAAGGACGCAGAUGAGGGGUUUCGCAAGGCCCAGAAACCCUGGGUUCGAAAACUGAAGGAUGUUGAAUCUUCUAAGAAGAGUUACCAUAAUGCACGCAAGGAAGAGAGAACAGCCAUAACACGAGAAACACAUGCCAAAGCCGACCCAACCAAGUCUCAAGAAGAAGUCCGCAAGUUCACAGAGCGAGUGGAGAAGUGCAGCCAGGAGGCUGAGAAGGCCAAGGAGCGCUAUGAGAAAGCACUGGAGGAGCUGAAUCGCUGUAACCCACGUUAUAUGGAGGACAUGGAGCAGGUGUUUGAGAUAACUCAGGAGGCGGAGAAGAAGAGGCUACGUUUCUUUAAGGAGGUGAUGCUGGACAUUCAUAAGCACCUGGACCUCUCCAGCAAUGAUACAUUCAAGGCCCUUUACCGUGACCUGAGCCAGACCAUCGCAGCAGCCAGUGACACAGAAGACCUGAGAUGGUGGAGGAAUACCCAUGGACCUGGAAUGAGCAUGAACUGGCCUCAGUUUGAGGAGUGGUCUCCUGAGGCCAAUCGCUCCAUCAGCCGCAAGGAGAGGAACAGUAGGGCAGAUGACGUGGUCACACUGACUAACAUCGUCUCCGCAGGAGAUGGGGCCCCUCAGACUCCACAGGAUACAACCAGAGGUGGCAAGGAUUACUCAUCAGACUGGUCAGAUGAAGAGAGCCCUAAAAAAUACAUCGCUGCUAAUGGAAUGGAGGAGGAGGAGGAAGUGAAGGUAGCAGGAGUGCGCGUUAGAGCAUUGUAUGAUUACACUGGCCAGGAGGCCGACGAGCUGAGCUUUAAAGCAGGUGAAGAGCUAAUGAAGUUGGGUGAGGAGGAUGAGCAGGGCUGGUGUAAAGGGCAACUUGACAGUGGAGAGGUGGGCCUGUACCCUGCUAACUAUGUCCAGGUCAUUGCAUCCUGAUGACCCCACAUUCUUCCAUUUUGGAGACCAUACUAAGUGACUUGACAGGAGCCAAUUACAAUGGUGUUAGCUUGGCAGCAAAAGCCAAGCAGCAAUACACUGGAAAGAGGCCAUGCCAGCUUCUACUAUUAUACACAGGACUGAUAGACAGGUGUGCACCCUUCAGAAGUUUAAUUUCUCUAAAAACUAGAAGAUUAGGAACAUGACUUAGUUUUGCCCUGAUCUUUUGGCUUCAUGAGAGACUUUACCUACCUAGUGCCUUUUUGGGAGAAUGCCAGGGACUAGAGCACAGCACAUCUACAGGACAAACCAUGUCACUAUCGUAUCACGUCAAUGUGGAGGGUUGUUUUCCAAGAGGAAAUCCUCAGAGAAGACACAAGUUUGAGAAGAGCUUCUGUAGAGCUUCAGUAAAAACCUCUCUCCUGUGCAUUCUGCCUCUACACACUGAACUCUUCACAUUUCACUUAUGUUGAGUUGGAGCAUCAAUCAUUUCAACUAUUUAUUUUUAUCAGAACAAAUUUGCUUUGCUAUGUCUCAUAUGUCAUAUUUUGCAGAUAUUUCACAGUGGUAAGUGGUGUGAAAUAUUUUUUGUUGUUGUUCUCGGAUAUGUUUAGUAGUUCAAAGGAGUUACAUUAAACUUUGAUGAUUUUCUUUGGCUGGUUAUACUUGUAGAUGCUGAUGUAGUUAAAAGAUAAGCUACAUGAUUUUUUGUUCCAUACUUGCUUUUGAUAUCAAUGAAAGCACAAUGUUUUAUGCAGGAGUCAAACAUUCUAGAAGAUACGCAAUAUUAUGGUGUCUCUCACUCAUUUUGUGGAUUUUGUUUUGACUGAAGAAACAUGAAACAGUACUGCAUAAAUGAUUAGGUUAAAAAAAAACAUGGCAGAAGCUUUGUAUUGCCUUUGAAAUGGACAUUUAAGGAAAGUUGAGGAUUUCUCUUUAGGUGGGUGGGGCGAAUUCUUGAAACUAAUUAUUGGGAUUGUUAUACUUACAUUUUUAAGAAUAUAUAUUUCAUUUUUAUUUGAAGAAAGGUCUGUCCAGACUGAACUAAACCGACUAAAGAAGAAGAGAACCACGUAUUCAUUGAGAGAGAUUUAUUCAUUGGAGUAAGUGUGCCUGAGUAAAGCUGUGUGAGUGAGGCCAGGAGCCAAUGUUUUGGUUUCCAAACCCACAUCUCCCAAAUAAUCCUCUGUGAAAAUGGUUUGACUUUCAGCCACUGUAACAACCAGUGAUCUAAUCUGUGUAAAUGUUCAAAUAAACCCAUGAAUGAAUAAUUGGA